AUGGCUUCAGAAUGGGAUAAGGCAAUGCAACAAUUUCCAUCUAAUUUUUUACCAACUUUUCCCAACUAUGGACUUUUGAUGAAAAAUGGUUGUAAUGGAAUAGCGAAAAAUGUAAUGAAUUGGCCAGCUGAAAUGAUUCUUGGUGGAAUUCGCCAAAUUGGAAAUAACGUCGAAGCGGAUGCUCUACAGUCAGUCAUUCUUGUUGCUACUCCAACGGAUGUCUUUCGACGUUUUAAGGAUUCUAACAUAUUUUCUGGUAUAAACUCGACUUUAUCUUCCAAAGAUUGGUCUCCUCUUACUGCUCGGGAUAUCAUUCAAGAUCAGACGUCUGUUCAAGAUUGGGCUCGUGCGUUUACCGAUAAAAUUUACAAUCAUGAUUUAAAUAAAAAUGGUCAUCGUGUCGUACAUUCUUUAGCGUCCAAUUCAAUUUCUGAUAUGUUGGCAGAGUUUUGUGAUUUUAAUUAUGCAAUUAUUCUUGUUGGUUAUUUAUUGAUGCUUGUUUAUGCCCUUUAUUCUCAAUGCCGUUUUGAUGGUUGUUGCUCGCUUGGUGUUGAAUCUGCUGUGGGGCUAGCAUUGGCGGGUGUAUUAACUGUUACACUCAGCAGUGUUGCCGGUCUGGGCAUUUCAACAUGGUUUGAUAUCCAUUUCAAUGCUGCAACAACUCAGAUUGUUCCUUUCUUGGCACUAGGAAUUGGGGUUGAUAAUAUGUUUAUGCUUUUGCAUUCUUACCCCGAGGUCGUUUCAAAUGUGAAUCGAAAUGAGCUUGGAUUUCUUCUCAAACAGACUGGAACUAUUUUGCCAAUACCGGCAUUACGUUCUUUUUGCGCACAAACAGCUAUUUUGUUGUCAGUUAAUUUGGUUGGUAUCUUUCUCAUCUAUCCUGCUUUUAUUGCUUUGGAUUUAAAGAGGCGUAAAGCUGGAAGGAGGGAUUUGGCGUUUUUAGCUUAUUAUUGUCUCUGUAUGGAUGAAAGUGUUGGAACUGUUCAGCAUUAUCAACACCAAAAUAAUGACAACAAUGGAGUAACUCAUCAAGAAUUAAUAAAUGCGACAAGUGAUUAUGAAUGUGCCAGUCCGCCUUAUUUACCUGCAGAUUUGGACAAAACUGUUAGUAGUUGCAAACACCCAGAAAUUGUUUAUACCCAACCAAAGAUCAACAACGUUUAUCAAUUUAAACGUACCAGAAAACGAAAACAAAAGAAGUCUUAUAGAAUGUAUACUCUUCAAGGCUUUCUUCAUAUUGUUUACAUUCCAUUAUUAAAAUAUACAACUUUUAAGAUUGGUGUGCUUCUAUCAGCUUUCGGACUGUUUCUUUUGAGUCUUUACGGAAUAAGCCAUUCAACUAUUGGUCUUGAGUUAAGUGACAUUUUACCUGAAAAUUCGGCACCAGCUGACUUUUUAAAAACACGCGAUCGGUAUUUCUCGUUCUAUCCUAUGAGUAUUGUGUUGCAUGGUGAACAGAUAGAUUUUCCUGCACGACAACACCAGAUUGAUUUGUUGCGCAAUGAAAUUGGCUAUUCACGUUUUGUUGUCAAGUUGGCUGAUGGUGAACCUUCUGAACGAUAUUGGCUUCAGCUAUUUCGAGACUGGCUUAUUGGAAUGCAGCAACGCUUAGAUAAUGCUAAAAUUCAAUUUGGUGAUUUAAAUUCUGCAAAUUUAACUUCGUCAAUGAUUGGCAAUCCUGACUUACAAAUUGCAUUUUCUCUGGCAUGUUCUUAUGGAGAAAAUUAUGAUUGCGAUCGGGUUAACUUUGUGCGUUUAAUUGAUGAGAGUGGGACAAUCAACUCUGAUGGUUUUUACAAUUAUCUGUAUGGAUGGCACGAAUAUGAACAAAUGCGUUAUUUUAUUCCACCUGCACCAAAGCCACUAUUUAGCCGUAUUCCUUUCUAUCUUUCUGGGUUGCAUGAUACGCCGACCAUAAUGCAAAUGAUUCACGAUAUUCGAUCUAUUAGUGAGAAUUACACUCGCAUGGGAUUAUUCAAUCACCCCGAGGGUGUGCCAUUCACUUUUUGUUUAAUAAUUUUCAAUCCUUGGGCCGCUGGAAUAGUCACUUUGGUUGUGUUGAGCAUGACUGUGGAAUUGGCUGGUUUUAUGGGGUUGGCACAUGUCAAGUUAAAUCCUAUUUCCGCUGUUACGUUGAUAACGGCAGUCGGUAUUGGAGUCGAAUUCACUGCUCAUGUUGUUUUGGCUUUCCUCACUUCGUUAGGUACUCGGCAUGAACGGAUGGAGGAAUGUUUAAAACAUAUGUUCGUCCCAGUAAUUCAUGGCGGAAUGAGCACUCUUUUGGUAAUUAUAUAA